CCGAGACAAUAAGAUGAUAUUAGCGUUUCGUACUAUCGCCUUCUUAAAGAAUUACACGCGAAAAUGUACAAAUUUAAGAAAUAUCGUAAGAAGUACAAAUGCCCAAUUUUACAGAACUCCUGAAUUUCUACAUGGAGAAUAUGAAUUUCAGGAUCCAAAAACCGAUGACGAGAUUGUUAAUGUGAUAUAUGUCGACAGAAAUGGGAAGAAAAUACCAAUAAGAGGUAAAGUUGGAGAUAAUGUUCUCUAUUUAGCGCACAGAUAUAAUAUUGAAAUGGAAGGUGCUUGUGAAGCUUCAUUGGCAUGUACAACUUGCCAUGUUUAUGUCAAUUACGAUUAUAUUUCUAGACUUCCACAAGCCGAAGAGAAAGAGGAUGAUCUAUUGGAUCUAGCGCCUUGUUUAAAAGAAAAUUCUAGAUUAGGCUGUCAAAUUAUUUUAACAAAAGAAUUGGACGGUAUGGAAUUGCAAUUACCUCAAAUUACUCGUAACUUUUAUGUGGACGGACAUAAACCAGCUCCGCAUUAAAAACAAUAACUGAAAACAUCAUUAUAUAGAAUAUAUGUAAAUAGUAAAUCAUAAAAACUGU